UAAAUACGGGGAAGAGAUUUAAACCCCCAAAUCCGUUAGGGUUCCCACGCGUACAUAAAUAUCAGAUUGCGCCAAAAUAUAUCCGUUGCAAUUUGCGAACGCUCGCAUCUUCGCCGGAGCCGGGUCUCACUCACGUCCAGGAAUCCAGCGCUGUCUCAGCUAUGCUUGAAUUCGACGAUGCAAUGAAAGUGGAAGCCGAUGGCACCGUCGAGGAUAAGGAGGAGAGUCGCAAGAGGAAGUCGCGGGCGAACGUGGAAGCCGAUGGUCGCGCCGCUGGUUUAGCGGGCGAUAGGAGGCUGGCUAAGCGGAUCAUACUCUCCUUGACGAAGCCGUCGUACGUCCUGGGGCUCGGUGGGGGGAACUUGCGGUCGGAGCAUCGACGGAGGUUGGAUCGGCUCCUGCGCAAGCUCGUGAGGCAGCACAAUUGGGCCGAGGCGAGCGGGGUCCUGAGCGUGCUUUUGAAGGGGAUGUGCAGGGAUAGGUGUCCCGAGCAUAAUCGGCUAAAGUAUUCGGUGCUAAUGGAGGUCCUAGAGCAUAUAGAAGCCAAUUGCAUCAAGUCCAAUAGGAUCAAGCAAAUUUACGAUAAUUGGACGAGAAGGAUAGGAUCAAAAAGGAAUUGCACAUCACAGGAUAGACUUGCAGUUGAUUUGGAGCUCAUCCUCUUUUGUCUUACUCAAGAGAAUAUCGAGAAAGCACAUCAGAAUGCUGAAUGGCUCACACAAGAAAAAGAACUUGGGAGACAUUCGACCUCAGAUCUGAUAUUGGGUUUGACAUUUUAUCAAAGGUGGUAUUCGAGUAUCCCAAGAGACAUGCAAAUGAUAGAUUUGGAGCAAACUAAUGCUUGUCGACAAACUGGGAUAUCGGAGGAAAGAUUUGACAUUUCAGUUGGGAACUCAGAGGGAUAUCCUGCCGUUUAUAGUAGCAAGGCCAAUACAUCCUUACAAUGCAAUUCCGACACUUCUGUCAUGAAGGAUAGAAGGAUAUCGGUGGAUACUAAUUGCGAAAGGCCUACAAAAGUCCCGGCCAAGGUCGAGGAUAGUUUUGAGGAGGAGCAAUCACAACAUAAUAUCCAAUCACAACAUUUUUACAUGAAUUCUCUUGAAGACGAAGCCCCACAGUCUACUGAUGUUGGAAAUGUACAUUGUGCUUCUUUUUUAUCUGAUCUAGCUGGCCUGGAUUCAUGGCUGUUGCCCAUAAGACUGCCACAAAACAUCAAGAAUUCUGAGGACUUCAUCCAGCGGCACCUGAAGAUGCUUAAUGUCUAUUACAAUGAUGCAGUAAAGUAUUUGCGACUAGCUCUUGAUUCAUCACCCGCAAAAUCGGAUGCCCUGCUUCCUCUGAUUCAGUUGCUGCUGAUUGGCGGACAAGUAAAUGAGGCAUUGAAUGUGCUCGAAGAGGUCUGUCAUCACGCAGAUACUGCCCUUCCUUUAAGAGUGCGUGCUGCUCUGUUGGAACAUUUCGCUCGUGAAAAUGUUGUCAAGCUCUCAUCAACUUAUGAAGAAAUCUUAAAGAAGGAUCCAUCGUGCUGCCAUUCAGUGGCAAGGCUUGUCAGUAUGCAUCAAAGUGGAGAUUAUCAUCCUGGAUCCAUGCUGGAGAUGAUCUCUCUGCAUCUGGAUGCUACGUAUGCUGAACACCAGAUAUGGAGGGAAUUUGCGAUGUGUUUCCUCAAGCUUGCUAGGCAUGAAGAAGAUUGCAUGUCAGUGCAUCUGGAUGGUGAAGAAGGUGGAUUUAGGCAAAACUAUUCUGUUCAUAUUAGUAGGGUCCCUGACCAUUUCCUGAAGGUUGACUGGGGAAAGAAUUGGAGGUUUCGGUGCAGGUGGUGGUUGACGCGUCAUUUCAGCUAUAGCAUCCUUGAAACAGAGAUUGCAGCUGGUAAUAUUCAGCUCCUAACUUACAAGGCCGCAUGUGCUGCCCAUAUGUAUGGGCAAGAGUUUGAAUACGUUGUAAAGGUUUGCAACAGUUUACAAGAGGAAACUAAUAAGGACUUGCUUUUGUUCCUGCGAACGCACUUGCAAAAUUCCGUCAGGCUCCAGUCAAGCUUUCAGCCGAAACCGGUGUGACUUUCACCAUAUUGUUUGCUAGCUGGUGAGUUUGACCGGCAUUUUAUGUGCCCGUGGCUGAGAAAGAUGAGGAUACACGGUCAGCAAAUCUGAUUGCUCGAGCGAAAAGGUUCAUGUUUACAUUCUGUAUAGAAUUGGUUGUUAGGGGAGGAGUGUUGUCCCUUACUUGGGUAAAAGCAUUUGCAAACAUGCGUCA